AUGGGAGCUUGGUACAGUUUGGACUUCAUUUCGAUUGUGGCUGGACUAGUCGGAAUUGUACCAAGUGAAGAGGAUUGCGUGGAGAAGCUGAUCGAGUUGCUAUUUCGUUGUGAUUCGGCGUUUGACGCGCUCUUCGCUGUGACCGUCCAACUUUUCCAUCGUACUUGGCGUGAAAUGCAUGCGUCACACGAUGAACACGAUAAGGUGGCUGAUGUUGUCCAAGAGCAGUUGCGUCGCGCGGCCAAUAAUCGGCCCGUGACUCUGUCGAUGUACGAGGACUUGCUGUCGUCGCUGCCUUAUUGGAAAAUGAAGGAGCUAUGGAAGCAGGAACUGACAGAGCAGGAGAAUAAGCAGCUGAACAGCGAAGUGGUUGGCGAGUUGCGCAAUAUGCUGAAACCAUCAAUCGAACAGCUGAUUCGCACGAACAGGAAGAAUGUGCUAAAACAAGGGUUCACUUUCCGACGUCAAGUUAAAGGGAAGACUCCGCACAAGGGCGAAGACCAAUACUGCUUCUGGAAGUUGGACGCAUCAGAUGUGCUUUGUUUGACCGACACUGAUGUAGAUUCGUAUGUGGAGGGUGUGUCACACGCAGGAAAUGUUAGAAAA